AUGUCGCUGUCUUUUUCACAAACGAAGUUACUGGUAAUCCUUGUGGCCUUUGCAUGCGUCUUCUCAUCAGGCUCAGAGGCAUGGAGCUGGAGUUGGAGCUCCGGUUCAGGCUCAGGCUCAGGCUCGGGUUGGGAAUCCCACGGCUCAGGCGGAUCAGCCUCAGGUUCGGGUACAAACCCUGAUGGUUCGCACUGGAGUUGGAAGUGGGACACACGGUCAGGCUGGAGAUGGAGGUCAGACUCAAACCAUCCGAAGCCAGGCUCGUCGAACCAUAACGUUACGAAGCCUGAAGGCUCAUCAAAUCAUAACGUUACGAAGCCUGAAGGCUCAUCAAAUCAUAACGUUACGAAGCCAGGCUCAUCGAACCAUAACGUUACGAAGCCUGAAGGCUCAUCAAAUCAUAACGUUACUAAGCCAGGCUCAUCGAACCAUAACGUUACGAAGCCAGGCUCAUCGAACCACAACCAUAAUGUUACAAUGCCAGGCUCAUCGCACCAUAACCAUAAUGAAACGAAGCCAGGCUCAUCAAAACAUAACGAUUCGAGGUCAGGCUCAGACGAUAACGAUUCAAGGAACCCGGUCUUUGCAACACCAAGAGAGGUCGUAGUGGGAGGAUCACGUGGAUGGAACUACUGGGUGGAUCUUGAAGAAUGGGCUUCCAAGACUACUUUCCAUGUCGGCGAUGUUCUUGUUUUCGAGUACAACAAUAUGACAGACCGAAGACAUGACGUGUACUUGCAAACAAAUCUGUGGAGUUACAGGACCUGCAACUUCGAAAGUAGAAAUAAGAUUGCUUCAUCGGAGGAGAAUGGAUCUAAAGAGAGCUUCAAAUUUACUCUUGCAAUGUCACAGCCUUACUCUUUUGCAUGCGGAGAGGAUAACGGCUAUUAUUGCCGUACCUAUAACAUGAAGUUCAGCGUUCUCCCAGGCGCCUGA